UCUCUAAUUCUCUGUCCCUGAGAUGGACUGGUCAUCGAACCGGCAAAGCAAACGAAGCUUUCACCAUUACUCAAUCCUCCAUUCGAUCAACAAAAAUGGCGACUUCUCUGUUUCUUCAAGCAAUUUCCUUUUCCGUCAUCCCCUCCCAUACAUUUCUCCCUCAUUUUUAAUAUUCCCUUUCAUGGACUUAACUCCAAGGUAACCCCUCAACCACUGCCCCACCGACGUCCCACCGCAUGAGCUUCCCCUUCCUCAUAUAACCAUUCCCUUUCUCCCUCUCUGGCCCCUCACAGAAGCAAUUCCCGCAGACCCUUUAUCGAUUAACUGGGUUUCUGGGUUCCGGGUCGUCGCGGGGUUUCGCGAAAAAUGAGAGCUUGCUGGAGGGCGAUUGUGGCGGUUUUCUUCGCCGGUGCUCUUCUGUGGAGCUGCGGAGCUGAGCAGAGGCCGCGCACUGAGCGCAUUUCGGGGAGCGCUGGCGACGUCCUGGAAGAUGAUCCAGUGGGGAGGUUGAAAGUAUUUGUUUAUGAGCUUCCUAGUAAGUAUAACAAGAAGAUCCUCCAAAAGGACCCGAGAUGCCUCAAUCAUAUGUUUGCUGCCGAGAUUUAUAUGCACAGAUUCCUGUUAUCGAGUCCCGUCCGGACUCUCAAUCCUGAGGAAGCAGACUGGUUCUACACGCCUAUAUACACGACGUGUGACCUUACUCCCACUGGGCUUCCCUUGCCCUUCAAGUCCCCCAGGAUGAUGAGAAGCGCGAUUCAGCUCAUCUCCACGACUUGGCCUUAUUGGAAUCGGACUGAGGGCGCUGAUCAUUUCUUCGUUGUGCCUCAUGAUUUUGGAGCCUGCUUCCAUUACCAGGAAGAGAAAGCAAUUGAGAGGGGAAUUCUCCCGCUUCUCCAGAGAGCGACCUUGGUUCAGACCUUCGGACAGAGAAAUCACGUUUGUUUAAACGAAGGCUCCAUUACCAUUCCCCCAUAUGCUCCUCCCCAGAAAAUGCAGACCCACCAGAUUCCCGUGGAUACUCCUCGGUCUAUCUUUGUCUACUUCCGUGGCUUGUUUUAUGACGUUAAUAACGAUCCGGAAGGUGGUUAUUAUGCGAGAGGUGCGAGGGCUGCUGUUUGGGAGAAUUUCAAGAACAACCCACUGUUUGACAUCUCGACGGACCACCCAACCACCUAUUACGAGGACAUGCAACGGGCCAUCUUCUGCCUGUGCCCAUUGGGUUGGGCCCCGUGGAGCCCCAGGCUUGUAGAAGCUGUAGUCUUUGGGUGCAUCCCAGUGAUCAUAGCAGAUGAUAUCGUUCUUCCAUUCGCUGACGCCAUCCCAUGGGAAGAAAUUGGGGUAUUUAUAGAUGAAAAGGAUGUACCAAACUUGGACACGAUCCUCGUGUCCAUCCCACCCGAUGUUAUACUGAGGAAGCAGAGGCUGCUCGCAAACCCUACGAUGAAACGGUCUAUGCUAUUUCCCCAGCCCGCUCAGCCUGGAGACGCUUUCCAUCAGAUACUGAAUGGAUUAGCUCGGAAGUUGCCGCACAGCAGGAAUGUUUUCCUGAAACCCGGGGAGAAGAUGCUGAACUGGACAGCAGGGCCCGUGGGGGACAUGAAACCUUGGUAGUAAGCAAAUAUCUCUUCUGUCUAUACUCUAUAGCUCCUUCGAUGUAAAGACACAGGCUCUGAUGCGGCGAUUUCGUAUCAUUUUGUAUGUAAGCGGAUGGUUCUUGGAGAUAAUUUCUUGUAUGUGAUUAAGAAAAGGAUUCAUUCAUCUAAUAGAGGAUUUGCUGCUUUCAUUGUAUUGCUGUGAGCUCUGAUGUAUCGGUUCCAUGGACCGUGUAACACAAACUUUGGAUAUGUGAACCUUAGUGUUGAUGUUCGCGUCUAA